GUCGUCCCGUAGGCGUCAUCAUGGUGCUUGGGUCGCAGCGUUCUCGAGGGUGAAUCCGAGAGGAGUUUGUUUUGAAUCGAUAACGACGCGGGUAACAUCGCAUCUUCCCUGGUAUUAUGGUAACUCGCCCAGCCGCCGGGCACGCCGAUUUCAUCCCUACGACCCCACGGCGAUGAUGCGGCGCGGCAGCGGUGAGCGUUGUCGCGCAACCGUGUAAGCCGAGCGGCGGACUCUGGUACGCGGUGGUGUGUGUGUGUGGUGUGUGCGUGCGUGCGGGUGCGUGCGCGCGCGUACGCGUUGCGUGCGUGCGUAUUGUGCGCGAUGUCGAGGUGCUCGGCGAAGCAUCGUCGCCUCGCGCGUCGGCUCGGGCGGAGAUGGAGCGCCGCGUUUCUGCUGCUGGUCGCCGCACUGAGCGUGCCGUCGACCUACGCCGAGUCGAGCGACAACACGUACCCCUGCCCGGUCGAGUGCUCCUGUCUGGGCAACCUGGUCGCCUGCAGCGAGCUGCAGCUGAUCGAGGCACCUAGCGGACUGCCACCGUGGACAGAGAAUUUAGAGUUAAAGGACAACAAUAUUGCUAACUUGGAAUUCGAUUCAUUGCUUCAUUUAACAAGACUAAAAAAAUUAGAUGUAAGUGCUAAUAAACUCGGAGAUAAUUUUACUAUUGCCUUGUCAGACGUUGCGCAACUACGCGAACUUAAAGUGAACAAAAAUCACUUGACGCAAGUGCCAGAACUUGUAUUUGUUAAGAAUAUUAAUCAGCUUUCACUAUCCCACAACUUAAUUACUAGUAUAAAUGGGACUGCAUUGUAUAGCUUACAUCAGCUUCAAUACCUGGAUCUCAGUGGGAAUAAAAUAAGUGUCCUUCACAGGGGUUCCUUCCUCGCUCCUAAUCAACUUAUACAUUUGAACCUAAAUGGAAAUCACAUGAGAAUCAUCGAAAAUGGAAGUUUGGAUAAUCUAACUUUAUUAGAGGAACUCCGUUUAAACAAGAACAAUUUGACACAGCUGAAAGAUCUUUUCAUGAAUUUGGGAAAAUUGCGAAUAUUGGAGGUGAAUAGAAAUAAUCUACAACAAAUACACGGUUUAAGCCUGAAGAAUUUGAAGAGCCUGAAGGAAUUAUAUCUAAAAAGAAACAGAAUUGACAAAUUGGACGAUGGAGCUUUCUGGCCGCUUAAAACUUUAAAACUACUACAGCUCGAUUUUAAUAUGUUGACCAUUAUAAAGAAGGGAGGUUUGUUCGGUUUAGAACAUUUGCAAAAGCUGACUCUGUCACACAAUCGGAUUUCGACGAUCGAGCCUCAAGCAUGGGAUGUGUGCAGAGAGAUAGUAGAGCUAGACUUGUCACACAAUGAAUUGACCUCUAUAGAUCGGGGCUCGUUCGAAUAUCUCACGAAGCUCGAGAAGCUUAAGUUAGAUCACAAUCAAAUUGCAUACGUCUCGGAUGGAGCGUUUAAUUUUACGACAAACCUUCGUAUCCUGGAACUUAAUUCGAACAAGAUAUCCUAUAUGGUAGAGGAUAUCAACGGCGCGUUCUCUCCGCUCAGUCAGUUGUGGAAAUUGGGCUUAGCGCACAACAGAAUAAAAUCCAUAAAUCAAAACGCUUUUACCGGUCUGAGUCAUCUUGUCGAACUCGACUUAAUCGGAAACAACAUUACGUCUAUUCAAGAAAAUGCGUUCCUUUCAAUGUCUAAUCUGAGCAAACUUAAGAUGAACACCGGAGCUUUGGUUUGCGACUGUGGACUUCAAUGGCUAAGCAUGUGGUUGCGAGAACAUCCUUACAAAGAGGCUGAACUACACUGCGGUUAUCCACAUUGGUUGCAGGGCAUGUCGUUAACUCAAUUACAUCAUGCGAACUUUACUUGCGAUGAGUAUCCGAAACCACGGAUCGUUCAAGAACCCGUGAGCAAAAUGGGCAUCAAAGGUGACAACGUGAAACUGGUUUGUCGCGCAACCAGCACCGCUGACACUCCGCUCCAUUUUACCUGGAAGCACGACAACGUAGAGUUGGACGACGCGAAUCUGCUGACCAAUCUCAGUUCCUCCGAGAGCGGAGUAACCGAGGCAACAUCCAUUUUGUAUCUUAUUAAUAUUACCCAUGCUAACGCAGGAAGAUAUCAGUGCAUGGUGACGAACACUUAUGGAACCACAUACUCUGCCAAAGCCAAACUAAGCGUAUUAGUUUAUCCAUCGUUUUCCAAAAUUCCGCACGACAUACGAGUGAAUGCUGGAAGCACUGCCCGUUUGGAGUGCUCCGCCCAGGGGCAACCGUCCCCGCAGAUAGCCUGGCAGAAGGAUGGUGGAAACGAUUUCCCAGCUGCGAGGGAAAGACGAAUGCACAUGAUGCCGACGGACGACGUGUUGUUUAUAAUAAACGUGAAAAUGGCCGAUAGCGGAAUUUACUCGUGCACCGCGCAAAAUCUGGCUGGUGUUAUCGUUGCAAACGCUACCCUUACCAUACUAGAAACACCGUCCUUCGUAAAGCCGAUGGAGGACAAAGAAAUCACGGUGGGCGGCUCGAUUGUGCUCGAAUGCAUGGCCAGCGGCUCGCCGCGUCCGAAAUUGUCAUGGCGAAAGAACGCUAGCCCGCUGCAAGCAACGGAACGUCAUUUCUUCACCGCGGGGGAUCAGCUCUUGAUCAUCGUCAACACAAUCACGAGUGACGAGGGCAGUUACGAGUGCGAGAUGAGUAAUUCGCUAGGCAGUAUCGUCGGCACGUCGCAUCUCACGGUCAAGCCGGCGCCGGUUUCCACACUGAACGAAUCCGAGAUACUGGGCUUGAUAAUAAUAACCGUCGUAUGUUGCGCCGUCAUCACUUCCGUGGUUUGGGUGCUCGUAAUUUAUAAAACCAGACGCCAAUUGAAUCCCACGCAAGACACCGCCGCGCAACCAAUGACAACCGUUAUACUUACCGUACCGGAGGUACAAACGCAGCUGUACCUAGACACGAGUUCGCAGCACAGCAAAGACAGUGGGACCGGAGACAGCACUAAUCCCAGUAACGAUCAGCUACAACUGUGCUUGCCCGAGGAGGUCGUGACGAGCUGUACCAAUAACGAGGAAGAAACGGGAACUCUAAACGUCAACGAUCCUCUCUUGCAUUACACGAAUCACGAGCGACAUGCGAGUGAAAAUGCCGAUAGCGCGGUCUGAAAGGGAAACGCGGGCCGACGCGUGAGUAAGCGGAGUUAACGCGUCGCGUUACCGCAGCGUGAGUAUUCGUGUGAUCGCGGCUUUUCUUUAUAAAUCAGGAUAUAAAUAUUCUGCAAGUCGUGUACAUUAACGAGCCGCAGUAUUAUGAGGAGCGAGAACCUGCCAGUCUCACUGUCAAAAAAGUGACCUAUAUAGUGGACGUUGAUCCGCGCGACAGUCCAACAUGCAAAACCGAGUAUUCGUUACUACUGCGUAAGAAUGGAUCGGCGAGUCACGGCAUAAGUACAACAUAAGGAACGAUAGCGAAACACUUAUACGUCUCAUCGUCAUCGUAUUUAUUAUUGACGCGACUCUCGUUAAGUCGACAUAGGAAACAUCGGACGGUGUGAAGUGUAAAUAAUUAGAUUAAGAUUAUAUUAUAAAGCUAGUAUUAUUACCAGCGCGUAUAUCGCUCAUUCGGCAUCUCUGGGAAAUGCUUGUACCUUUCUAUCUUCCGGACGAUUUUCGGACACACGCAGUAUCCAGGCAAGCAGGAAAAUCUACCAACUUUUCUGUUAUAUACCCGUUUCCUAUUUUCUUUUAUUCUUGUUUUAUUUUUCAGCAGUAUUCUCGAUACUGUUAGGGUUUAGUCAAUUCUGAAUUAUAAAUCUUAGAGUUAUAACAUAAUAUAUGUAAAUGUUUGAAUCAUAAAAUUCUGAACAAUAUAUGAAUAAUAUGUUCUGAAGUGAGCAAAACGUAUAUAAAAUUUACACAAAAUUAUUAUUAGGCUACGAAGAACUAGCUCUAACUGAUAAUCGGUAUAUUCAUAUUUGAUUACAAGUUCGCAAUGUAUAGUACCAGCAAAGUGUGUCAGAAAACCGCUUACACCAAUUACGUCGCCAAACAUGAUGGAGCACCCAUUCACUGUCCGCAUAGCAUGUAUUCGAUAAACAUUUACUCGAUCAUCGUACAAGCGUUUCUCCGAACGUAGCCAUUGCGACGCGCGCGAGGAUAUUGCUAUAAAAUCUAAAAGCCACAUAUAUUAGACCAGCCUUUGUGAUAGAUAUUUAUUCUAGAGUUAUUGCGUAGGCGGCUAUUUAUGGAUUCAUGCAGAGAGAAGAAAAUGUCAGAACGGAAAUAUGUCAUUUUAUUCUGGAAAAACGCAAUAGCGAACGGAUGGAUGUAUAUUUAUGCACCAAAGCGUCGAUUUUAGGUACUUGUUUACCCCCUUACUUCGCAGUCGCACGCGACGCCGAAUCGCUAAAUAUUCUGAAUUAAUUUAAUUCGUUUACUUGAUCAAAAUGUUGCUCACUACUAAUAGAUACAUUGUGUUCCAGAUAUGUAGGAUCUUUAGCUUUCGUAGGCAUUUUCGUUAGUAUUAAUAUCAACUAAGUUGAAACGCAUACGACAUGAGAGACUUUACGGAUAAUCUUCCACAUACUAUUACGUAGUUUACGUUGUUUUUAGGAUUUGAGUAGCGUGGGGUUCUCGAGGUUCUUCAAUAUAUUACGGAAGAUGUAAAAAUUUAUUUCUGUUAUCCAUCGUGAUUUCUAUAUUUGCAUACUGAAGUCUGAUUACGAGACACGUAUAAAUUAAACAAGUCUUUAUUUCACGACAAUGUACAAACGUUAUUUUGUAUCGAUGUUUUUAUUGCAAUGUCUCAUUUUAUUUAAUUUUGUCAGUUUAAAGUAUAUUUGAAUUAAUUGAUGCGUCGUUAUAAGAUAAAAUUGGUACAGUUAAUAUUAAUAGCUUUCUCGUAGUAUACUUGUGAGUUUUGACUUAGGAAUAUUUCGAUUAUUUUGAUAUGUACGUUCUAAAAUUAUAACUGAUUGUGAGUAAGAAACUUUUUGAAGAAAAUUUAAAAAGAGCGGUGAGAAGAAAAAGAGAGAGAAUGUUGCUUAGUCGAAAGAUACGAACGCGAUAAUGCGUAAGUGAUUACUACGAAAGUAAAAAUUUAAACGAUUGCCUUUACUGCACCAGGCGGGUAUUAUUGGGAGAAAACUUUCGCGGUAUAUAUAAUCCAUAUAUUUUUCUAUGACCUAUAUAUUGCAAAAGAAGAAUUGAAAAAUCGCAUGAAAUUCGCACAAGACGAAGAGCCAGUACUACUACUUAAUUAACCGCAAACUCGCGCGACUCCUUCCACGAGUUAUUACUCUUUAUUUAUACAAGUGUCUGAUACGCGCAGAGUAUGAUGUGCUCAUUACAAGUAAAAUUCAAGUAUUGUAUAAAGUAAAAAUAGUCUGUAAUAUUCCACUUAUUUGUGUAACUCGUAAUUGUAUAUGUUUAAAUGAUAUGCGAGAGCAGUUUCGAGUAGACCGAGGGGGAAAAAACUGAGGACAUAUACGUUUCAUUAAUGUAGUCUGUGUAGAGUUUUUUUUCUCCUUACUGGUAACGAGUAUUAAAUUAUAUAGUCAACAAAGAGAGAGAGAGAUGCUCUAUUGCGACAUGGUUUUUUUGGCUUGUGCCCGUGUGAUACACCAAAUAAGGCAUCUGUUUCUCAUUCAGUAUUUUCCUUGUUGUUAUAUAGUAUUGUGUACAAAUACAAGUAAUCAUCUACAAUGUA